AUGCCUAAAACAAUUUCAAAGAAAAAAGAUUACAACCGUAAUUUUAUUAAUCCUGAUAUCAAUAUUGAUAAUUCAAAAAUUAAUACUGAAAUUGAUAUUAACGAAAAUAAUAUUAGCAAUAUUCUCAGUUACAUUAGGCCAUCCUUCCCUCCAAUUAUAAAGAUUGAUGAUCUUAUCAAAAAUGCUAAAACGAAUAAUAAACGAAAAUCAAUCCCGAACGCUUUUAUCGUUUAUAGAAUGGCAUUGAUUAAGGAAUAUCGUAUUAAAAAUCGUAAAUUACCUCCUAUGGCCGAACUUUCUAAAAUUGCUAAAAACUCAUGGGAUUUGGAAACUAAAGAAGUAAAGGAUUAUUAUGAAGAAUUCGUUAAAGAAGCGAAAUCCAUUUACAAUAAAAGUAACGUGCAAAUUGUGAUGGAUAAGCAUGUGAGCGAUAGCAGGAAUUGUAUUAAAAACGAACAAGCUUUAAAUCAAACAGUAUCGAAUAUCAUGGAAGUCAUGGACGACGUCAUGGUUUAUGAGGCAGAUGAUUGUAUAACUUAUAGUACAGAGCAAAUCAAUAAUAUCCAAGAUACUAUUGUUCUUCCAAUUGAGGAUACAUUUUACAUGGAUAAUUCAUAUUUUCAGAUUCAGAAUUUUGCUAUAAAUGCUGAAUAUUAUUCUCAAUUUAAUAACAUGGUCUUCCCUGAUAUCAUCAGUAUUGAUCCGUGUCAAGAUUAUAUUUCAAUGACGGAGCAAGUAAUUGAUUAUAUGCUUGGAAAUUAGAUAG